UCACAUACAUAUAUUAUUAAAUCAUAUUGGAAAGGAAUAUCUCUGCACAUUUUGUGAGUGAAAAGGACAAUUUUAUAUUGCAUGAUGUCACAAACAGCAGGAGAAAUUGCACUGCUUCUUCCAGAGUGUUCAAUAUGCAUGGAAAUUAUUCAGGAUGCCAGACUUUUGUCCUGUGGCCACACCUUCUGUGGGAAAUGCCUACAAGGCCAUGCUAAUCAAAGCCCUAUCCCAGGAAAUGUUAUUGAGUGUCCAGAAUGCAGAAGGCAAAUAGUACUGCCCAAGGAUGGGGUGAGUGGAUUGCCACGGAAUUACAGCUUGCAGGCUACUAUAGACCGACUGCAAGGUAUGAGCCUUGCACAGGGGGCUGCGCCGGUCAUGGCGGCUGCAGAAGAACAGAAGAAACCUCUUCCUGCGGCAAGAAAAUAUACGGCCAAGUGUAAGAAGCAUUCCACUGAGGUGACAAACUUCUGCUGUGAGACCUGCAAUGGUGCGCUCAUAUGCAGGGAUUGCACAGUGGUUGACCACAGAGGGCAUCUCUUUGUCAAUAUCAAAGACAAAAGUGAUCAGUUAAAGGCCUCUUUAACCACUCUCAUCGGACAGCACCAGAAAAUGACAGAGUCUGUACUUGCUGUAAACCAGAAAGCAGCCGUGUCCACCAUAAGAUCACACAUUUGGCACCUGCAGAGUGAGGCACAGGGUGCUUCAGAUAGGAUGAUACAGGAGAUUGAGACUCAGCAAGAACAGUUCAAAAGCCAGGUACAGCAGCUUGGAUGCAAACUGGAAGAGAAAGUAGACUUGAUGUACUACAAUCAGAGGCCCAUUGAUGACAUCGUGGGAAUGAUAGGCAGAGGCAACGAGUAUGAAAUCACUGAGAAGUUUGCAAAGGCCCAAGAAUGUCUGCAGGUUUCACUCUCUGAAAUGCAAGAUAAGAUGGAUGCCAAGCUGAUGCCAAGUGUCGCCAGAAGUCUUUCUCUUAAGAUUAAUAAAAACAUGAGAAUGAACGGAAAAUCUGAGAUGUUUGAGGUAAUUCUGACAAGUUUAAGUUGGAAACUGGCAUCAAAAGUAAUUGUCAAUACUGCAGGAUGCCAGAAUACAACUGUGACUUCCUUCACCUGUGUGCCAAACGGAAAUUGGUAUGUUCUCUACACCAGUAAGCAGCACCAGAAUGCUGUUGUAGUUAAGGAACUCUCAAAAGUCGGAAGUGAAAGGUUACUAAGCUUGCAAAUUGAAGGCAAACCAGUGGACAUCAAGAGUACAGAAGACUCAAGCUUGGUCAUACCUAGUAUCCAGAGUGGAACAUGGUGUCUGAACUUGUACGACACUACAGGACGGGCAACACUGUGCAAAGAGCUUCCCAUCAAAAGAGGAAGAAGUGCUGUUGAUCUCUACGUCCAUAUGGAUUCUGAACACCAACUUUGGAUUCCAGAAACAAAUGGACACACAAUUUGGAUGUUCAAUCCAUCAGAUAGAUUUGUCGAACAUACAUUCAGCGUGAAUGGAUUUUUUCAUCCCAUCAAUGUAGCUCUCUCCGGAUCACACCUCUACUACAUCACAUCGAAGAAGAAGGUGAUGAAAAGGCCGACAAUACAAGAUGGCAUCCCAGAACCCUGCAAGAUCGAUACAAAACUUGGUGACCCCGCUCAACUUCUGGUAGAUCCAAUCACCUGUGAAGUCUUGAUAGUCUACCAUCGACUCUCUGAACCAGGUCGUUUUGAGCUUAGUAUCCACCAACUUGAAAGCUCCAAGCCCCUGGUAGACCCCAUCUUGUUGGACUGGGUACCGUCUGCUAAGAAGGUGGAAAUCAGUCGCAAGGGGAACCUUGCCAUCUUGCUGGCCACAGGACAAGGCGGCAUUAUCCUAGACUAUGAUCGUGAACAUCUGCCAGCCCUAUCUGAUAUCCUGAGCAACACGCCACAGUAGCUAUCGACACUCACAUGGCUGUCUACGAUGUCAUCAAAGCUGGAUUCUGUUCCGCCGUCCAGUACAUUGCUUGGAAGCUGGAAGG